UACACUCCACUUUCCCCUCUCUCUAUAGUCUAUAUAUAGCGUUGUACAGCUACACUUCUAUGUGAUCUCCUUCUCUCUCCUCUUUAACUUUCUCUCUCUUAAACUUCCUAUUACCAGUACUGUAUGACAACACAAAAAAUAGAUUCCUUUAGUCAGUAAAUUAGAUAACGGUUUUUCUCUUUUCCUAAGUUGUCCUCUUCUCUUCCAACAAGCAAUUCAAGAAAAUUAGCUUUGUUUUCUUGAAUUAUCAGCAAAUAUGAUAAGUUGGCACGAUCUUUAUGUGGUAUUAACGGCUGUGGUUCCCCUCUAUGUGGCCAUGAUCUUGGCCUACGGCUCCGUCCGGUGGUGGAGAAUUUUCACCCCCGAUCAAUGUUCUGGUAUCAAUCGAUUUGUUGCAAUUUUUGCAGUCCCACUUUUGUCUUUUCACUUUAUUUCUACCAAUAAUCCCUAUGCCAUGAAUUUUCGAUUCAUAGCUGCUGAUACACUUCAAAAGAUUAUUAUGCUUGUAGUUCUUUGUUUGUGGGCUAAUUUGACCAAUAAAGGCAACCUUGAAUGGUCUAUUACUCUUUUCUCACUUUCUACACUGCCAAAUACACUUGUAAUGGGCAUUCCUUUGUUGAUUGCUAUGUAUGGGGAAUAUUCCGGCAGUCUUAUGGUGCAAGUGGUGGUGCUGCAAUGCAUCGUUUGGUACACUCUUUUGCUGUUUUUGUUCGAAUAUCGUGGGGCGAAAAUGCUUAUUAUGGAGCAAUUCCCCGAAACUGCAGCCUCAAUCGUGUCGUUUAAGGUUGGAUCCGAUGUUGUUUCAUUAGAUGGACAAGAUUUUCUUGAGACAGAUGCUGAGAUUGGAAAUGAUGGUAAACUCCAUGUUACUGUGAGGAAAUCGAAUGCCUCUAGAAGAUCACUUGGACCCGGUUCAUUCUCAGGGAUAACUCCCCGGCCGUCGAAUCUAACCGGAGCUGAAAUUUACAGUAUGAGUUCAUCAAGAAAUCCAACUCCAAGAGGGUCUAAUUUUAACCAUUCAGAUUUGUACUCAAUGAUGGGAUUUCCAGGGAGAUUAUCCAACUUUGGCCAAUCAGAUACAGGUAGAUUAUCGAAUUUCAACACAGCAGAUAUGUAUUCUGUGCAAUCCUCUAGAGGCCCAACUCCAAGGCCAUCAAAUUUUGAAGAAAACUGUGCCCCUGGUGGCCUAAUGAGUUCUCCAAGAUUCGGGUUCUAUCCUUCACAACCCGUUAACACUUCUUACCCGGCCCCGAACCAGGAAAUUUCUUCAGCUGUCCCGAAAACCUGUAAAAAUCAGGUGCAGCAAGUGCAGUCGCAACAUCACCUCCAGCCGGGGAAUAAGGUCAAUCAUGAUGCAAAGGAGCUUCACAUGUUUGUGUGGAGUUCAAGUGCAUCACCAGUUUCUGAAGGCGGUGGGCUCCACGUGUUCGGUGGGCAAGUUCCUGACCAUGGUGCCAAGGAAAUCAGGAUGUUGGUUUCUGAUCAUCACCCUCAAAAUGGGGAAACCAAAGCCAUUCCGCAAAAUGGGGACAUAGACGACUUUAGCUUUGGUGGAAGAGACAAUGGAGUUGAAGAAAAAGAGAAAGAGGUUCCCAUUGAACUGUCAAAACUGGGGUCCAGCUCCAUCGCCGAGCUCCACCCAAAGGCUGCCGGAGUUCAAGAUCCCGGCGUCAUUAAACAGAUGCCUCCGGCGAGCGUGAUGACACGACUAAUCUUGAUCAUGGUUUGGCGCAAGCUUAUCCGAAAUCCCAACACUUAUUCUAGUCUCAUUGGCCUCAUUUGGUCACUUGUCUCAUUCAGGUGGGAUGUGCAUAUGCCUAAAAUUAUUGAGAAAUCAAUCUCCAUUCUUUCUGAUGCUGGCCUUGGAAUGGCCAUGUUUAGCUUAGGUCUGUUUAUGGCCCUUCAACCAAAGAUAAUAGCAUGCGGGAACACUGUGGCUUCUUUUGCCAUGGCCGUAAGGUUCCUCACUGGUCCAGCAGUAAUGGCCGCGGCUUCCAUUGCUGUUGGUCUUCGUGGUAACCUUCUGCAUGUUGCCAUCGUGCAGGCUGCACUUCCACAAGGGAUUGUUCCAUUUGUGUUUGCAAAAGAGUACAAUGUCCAUCCAGCAAUUCUAAGCACUGCGGUCAUAUUCGGGAUGUUGAUCGCGCUCCCGAUUACGCUCGUCUAUUACAUUGUUCUUGGAUUAUAAGAUUAUCACAGCAAAAUUCAGACUGUGUGAAAAUGGUGUCAAAAUUUCACUAAAUACUUGCUGCAUCAACAUUAUACUACAGUCUAACAGUUGAAUUUUGAGAGACAAAGAUGCGUCGCCAGGUAGAAAAAUAUAUGAUUCCUCCUAGCAAUUUGGAGCUGCAAAUAUUUGACUUAAUUAGUCAAAAUUUGCACUGAUACAAGGAGUCAUGCACCCCAAGGAAUGAAGGAAAUUGCAAUGUAAAAGAGAUUUUCCUUUCUAUUUUCCUCCUCAGUGAUGAUUAGUUUGUGCCUUGUGGUUAUAUAUAGUAUUUGUUUUGUUUGUCAUUUACUUGACAAGGUAAUUAAUUACCUUAGAAUGAGUAUGAUUGAAGGGUUUUGUUGUUAUUCAUAUUUCAUUUACUUUUGUGAA